AUCAUUGCACGGGUUUUGUUUUCCGUCCGGCAGAAAAACGCCUUCCAGCGGUCCUCAAAAUGCCUGCCGAGCACUAGUUUUCCCUUCUGUGAUGUCGUGUGUGCCGUGUAAAAGUGAAUAAAGUGAAGUGCAACUCGUGCGGGCCGCCGUCGCCGUCACCGUGACGAAUCGGGUUUGUAGGCAAGCGUGAUAAGCCGCCCUCACGGCGCAGCACCAGAAGGGGGUGUUCCGUGUUCCACCGAUAGUAGAGGCGGUCGACGAUAAAGGCAGAAAACGAAGCUAGCAACAACCGAGGAGGCCCGUGAUUGAUGCUGGGGAGACGGGCAGAACGGCGACGGCGUCAUUAUUCGUCAGCCUUUGGGUGUGUUCUAUGAAUUGAUACGGGAGCGGUCCGAAAUCGGUCAGCCUCCGAGCCGAGCCAGCCUCACGGAAAAUCUCCACCCAUCAGGCCUCCAGUUUGCCGGUGCUGCUUGCUGCUGUUGUUCGGUGAAAAGAGAUCUGCACGCUGCUGUUGUGUGACGAGGGCGAGCAAUGUGGAAAGGGCAGGCCGCUCUGUGCUGGCUUCUGAGUGUCGUGUAUGUCGCCGUCGUCUGUCAGCUGCAGGUUGCUGCGAACGAUAACCAAGUACUGGAGGAAUACUUUAAUGUCGGUGACAACGGAACGCUGCCCUGUGCCAUCUCAGAAACACACAACAUUAUAUGGCAGUACAAUGGCCAAAACAUAACCGAUGCACGAAUAUCCUUUCAGAUAGUGGACAGCAAUGAGGCGAUACGGGCGCAAUGGCCGCGCGUUGGCGUCGAAACCACCGGCGAUGAGGGCGAGGGGCUGGUCGCGGUUGAUGAGAACAAAACGACCAAACUCUUUCACACGUUGACCAUCCGCAAUUAUACCAAUUCCGACGAAGGCAAUUAUACUUGCUACGAUCUAGAGUCUGGACGGAACACUUCGUAUGUGGUGCGCACCAUCAUACUACCAAAGAUAGUUGCAACCAACCAGCAGCGAAUCAAAACCAAAUCAACAGAAACCCAGCAGCUGUACUGCGUUAUCAAGGCGUUUCCUUUGGCAUUAUUUAACAACUCCAUCUAUUGGUGGAAGGAGGAUGCCCACGGGGAUAAAAGUUAUCGGCCGCUGACCAACAACAUACAGAAGAUCGUCAUAGAUGAGACGCGACUUAAUACCACACUAACGUUUGAAAAUCCAACGAAAGCGCAAAAUGGAACGUAUUCGUGUACCGUUGAGCCGUCGAGUCAGUUCCAGGGCGAUCCAGGACCCCCGGUGAAGAAAUCGAUGACCCUGCUCGUACUAGACGUACCGCAAGUGACGAUCGAUUACGCUGCGGCGGUCGGUGCGAGUAAAAUCUAUCUCAACUGGACAGUGAACGACGGUAACGAUCCGAUUAAGAAUUACAUUGUCACCUACAGAAAGGCAGGUGAUCAAACGACCACAUAUUAUCGCGAACAGAUCGCCGGAAACAAUUCGUUUUACGUACUCGAUGGGUUCAAUAGCGACACGGAUUACAUGGUCGGAAUCGGUGCUAUUAACAAUCAGGGAGCGAGUAAACAAUACACCCAAUACAAGGAAAUGAUUAGGACGCUAAAAGCCGAUCCCAGCUUCACGCCGGUCAUUGAUGUCACCGGGAGCACACCCACAUCCAUAACAAUCAGACCAUCAACGCCUCCGACCGACCUAACCAGUUUUAUCCACUAUUACGAGGCUGAGAUGUCUGGUGGGAAUGGAACGGCCACAAGAAAUGAAAUCACUUAUCUGACUGACCAGCGCUUCCUGUCGAUUUUCUUCAAAAACUUGGAGAUGGCCACAGAGUAUAGCUUUCGUGCGCGAGCCUGUAGUGAGCUCACGAAGUUGUGUGGUAACUGGUCCGAAUCGGUGAACGGUACGACUAGCGACGGACCAUCAUCACCGCCACGUAACAUGAAAAUCAGCUGCACACACUACAACAUCACCCGACGCAACGUUGUGCACGUUCGUUGGGAUGUGCCUGAGUCUCCGAACGGGAAGAUCACGACAUAUCAAGCAACUAUGACCGGCGUCUCGCACUACAACUCCGAGUACGGUGAGCCAAAGAAGGAUACCUGGGGGCCGAAAGUGAUGCACAGCAACCCAAACACACGAAGCGUCGAUUACGACAACGUACCGCCGAACACGAACUAUACCGUGACCAUAGCCGCCCAUACACGCUCAAGACGCCCGGGCGCUCAGGUUACGGCCAGCUGUACCAUGCCGCCGACGACACCGAAUCAGAUUGGGCGCAUUACCUGGGGAAAGCGACGCGAUGAGGAAGGAAAUUGGAUCUUUAAGGUGGUGCUGCCACGAUUGACGGAACGUAAUGGGCCAAUCUGCUGCUACAAGAUCUACUUGACGCGUCUUAACGGGCAACACAAGUCGCUGCCUGACUCACCGGAAAUGCUUCACAUUAGCAGCUACGCUGAGGUUCAUGCAUCGGAAAACGCAGGAGGCACUUACUUGGCCGAAGUGUUCACCACGCCGCUGAACGUAACGGAUGCGUUUGUCGGAGAUGGCAAGAACAAUCCGAUCCGGGGGUUGUGCCAGGAGUGUCUUCAUCUGCGACGUUCUUUGGUUACUACCGAACCGACGACUACAACACCUCAAGUACCUUCAAAUUACGAACAACCGGGUGACGAAGUGACUUCUCCUACUGCAACUGUUGUUGCUGCUCCUGCUGCAGGAGAAAGCAGAACCGGCAAUGAAGCGGUAGCGGUAGAAGAUGAACGUAAAGCCUCAUCGAACCAUGGCAAGCGGGACACGUCCGCCAAAGUUCAGGGACGCUACGAGACGAUUCAAGAUGGAUUAAUCGAUGACUAUAGUAACUAUACAGGAUUUGUGGAAGUAGUUGUGCAAACGACUAGCAGUGAAUCGAAAUAUGUAUCAGUGUACAGUGAGUACUUCAAGGAGCAAUCGGGAGGGCCACACGCACAUUUUGGUUACGCCCCGGAUAACGUCUCCGAGAUUCUACACAUUAUCAUCCAGGUGCUAUGUGCAUUGAUCGCGGUCGUACUAUGCGUGCUGCUCGUUCUAUGCUUUCUGCAUCGACACUUCACCAACAAUAUUGCACAGGAAGGUGAAGCCAUCAGUCUAGGAGAUUCGCUGAGACGUGCGCUGUGCAAUGGUGGCCGAGGUGCUAAUGUUCAUCAUCGUCAUUUGCUCGGUUCCAGCAGCGCCAAACCGCCCGUCCUGCCGCCAAUCUCCAAGGACGAUCUACCGAAGGCGUACAAUGAGAAGCACAAAGAUUCGGACUACGGGUUCCAACACGAGUUCGAGCUGCUGCCUGAUAAGUUCAUCGAUCGGACGACUAAGAACUCGGACAUGAAGGAGAACAUGCCAAAGAACCGGUACCCGGACAUUAAAGCGUACGAUCAGACGCGUGUCAAGCUGAUGCAGCUGAACGGGCUCUCUUGUUCGGACUACAUAAAUGCGAACUUUGUGAUCGGCUACAAGGAGCGCAAGAAGUUCAUCUGCGCCCAGGGUCCGAUGGAUGCGACGAUCAACGACUUCUGGCGCAUGAUCUGGGAGCAGCAUCUCGAGCUCAUUGUGAUGUUAACGAAUCUCGAGGAAUACAACAAGACCAAAUGUGCCAAGUACUGGCCCGAAUGUACGAACGAUUCGAUCCAGUACGGCGAUCUGUUGAUCACCUUCCAAUCGAUCACCUAUCACCCCGACUAUAUCAUCCGCACACUCAAGGUUACGAAACGGUCCGCGAGCUCGGGAGAGGAGACAUCGCGGGAAAUUAGCCAGUAUCACUAUCUGGCAUGGAAGGACUUCAUGGCACCGGAACACCCACAGGGCAUCACGAAGUUUAUCAACCGUAUCAACUCAGAAUAUUCUCUUCAACGCGGUCCUAUUCUUGUGCACUGUAGUGCGGGUGUUGGGCGUACCGGUACGUUCGUUGCGCUCGAUACGCUCAUGCAACAGCUUCAUGAAGAAGGUCAGGUGUUCAUCUUCAACACCGUUUGUGAUAUGCGCUAUCAAAGAAAUUUCCUCGUCCAGUCACUGAAACAAUACAUCUUUCUUUAUCGAGCCCUGGCCGAGUUGGCGUACUUCGGUGAUACUGAGAUCGAUCACAAGUCACUAGCAAGCACGGUCGAAACUUUGAAGCAACCGUCGUCGGAGAAUGUAGAAAUCUCGCGGCUGGAGCAUCAGUUCCAGCGCCUUAAAGCGUUCCAGGAGGACACGCGAAAAACAACAACGAUCGGUUCAUGCGAAGAGAACAAGAAAAAGAAUCGAUCCGAGGCGUGCAUUCCGUAUGACAAGAAUCGCGUCAUACUGGCACCGAUACCGGGCCGCGACAAUUGUACCUACAUCAAUGCAUCCUUCAUCGAUGGGUACGACGAUGAAAACUACUUUAUCGUGACGCAGGAUCCGAUGGAGGACACGAUCUUCGAUUUUUGGCGUAUGAUCCUGGAGCAACGCGUUAAAACGAUCGUCAUGUUUUCGGAGAUCGGCGAUGGGCCGAACAAGUGUCCUCGAUAUUGGGCCGACGAGGAAAUGAAGUACGAGCAUCUACUUGUCACAUACAUUCAGAGUGAAAGUGGCCCCUACUACACCAAGCGGGAAUUCACUGUGACCAACUGCAAGACUAAUGACAUGAUCGCCGUUACGCAGUUUCAGUACAAUGGCUGGCCAACUGUGGAGGGCGAGGUGCCAGAGGUAACGCGUGGUAUGAUCGAGAUCGUGAAUCAAGCCCAGAAACAUUGCUCCCAGCAGCAAGAUAUCUUCACGAUUGCUGUACAUUGCAGCCUCGGUACUGACAAGAGUUCACUCUUCGUCGCCAUGUGUAUACUAGUGAUGCAGUUAAAGACGGAGAAACGCGUAGACAUCUGCACCGUCGUGCGAAAGCUUCGUGCACAACGUAGUCUAAUGAUACAGACAUUUGCACAAUAUGAGUUCUUACAUAGGGCGAUUGUAAAUUUUGCUGAUCUGUAUAAAAUAACGCUUGGCAUCGCGAAUGAUUGUUGAUAAGAGUUCACCGUGCUGUAGUUGCGAGAAUGCGAUGCGACGGAGCUGAAGCUAGUGAGGUAGAAACUAUUGCUAAAAACUAUGAAAUACUAUACACAACCGCAGAACAAAACAAGAAAACAAGAUAAUAUACGUAUCUGUAAGUUGAAUGCUAAACGAUAAUGGCAGGCAGCAGGUAAAGAAAAGUCGUGUAGAGGGCGGCUACUGGUAAAAUGAACAGUAGCGUAUGCGCUUCCCUAAUCCUAAAAUUUCUUUGAGGGAAAUAAUAGUGAAGGGACGAUUUAGAAUGAGAAGCUGCUGUGCGCCACGCAACGUAUGGACGUGGGAUUGGUUCCAGCGAAGUGUGAUGAGUUCCAUUAAACUAAGGACCGAUAAACGGGGCAAACAUGAUAAACGAUAACUGCAGACCGAAGUAAAAACACCGAACAAAUAGCACGAAACCCGUAGGGAGCAGCAAACCAUGAAACGAAACCCUAACGCGGAGCAGAACAGUUGACACUGACUGACUCCAUCUUUUUGGAACAUUUUACGUGGAAGUAUGACAACACUUAGGAUUAACACUUUUUAUAUACACGAAGGACUACCACGAAUAGAAAUAGUUGGGUCGCGCUACCAAUCUGCGGCCUCCAUAUUUUUGUUGCGUUCUUGGGAAAGUUAGUAGACAGAAGAAAGGUAAAGAAUUAAUUAUGCAGCUUGAUGCCGCUUUGAUUCAUGUAUGUUACUCUACUUUCUUACUUCAAUCUUUCCUUUGGACAAAUUACGCGCAGUUCAUGCUUGGGAUAUGCUGCGGAACUCAGAUCCUUGCGCAAAGUACGCAAUCAGCAUUAUUAGCAAAGCCGUAACCAGUGACGGUCACUGACGAAGAGAAGUGAGACUAACUGCCGUAAUAAGAUUUGACUUUUGUGCCAUGUUUUCCGUUGCCCUUUCCGGAUAGGUGGGUGACUACUCAUAAAUCUCGUUCUUCGUUUCUCUUAACAAAUCGUACACAAACAGCCACCUGCCAAUCAGCCAGCCAGCCAGCCAGCCAAAAAUUAACUCUAUAACGCAUCCCAACGAGUCAUCUGGUCCAAUCUAUAAGCAUGUUAUUGAAUGCAUCGGAUCCAUUGAUCGAAGUCUUGCAUCGCGAUCCAUUCGUGUCACAAUCAUGUAUAGCGUUCGAUUAGGCAAUACAGCACCACACAUAUUCUUACUACAUUUUCGCAUCACAAUACCUUUGCAUUUCGAACAAGCGAGAUUGGAACGGGAAUAGAAUCUUAAAAAGCAACCGUCUCAGCAAUAUAUACGUAAACUAUUCUCAAUAAUUUGAUUGUCUUUCUCUCAUUUCGAGUCGCAAUGGAUUGCUGGUUAAUCGUAACAGUACAGCCGUGAUCGUAAACUGGUAAUUUAAUGGAAUGAUUUAAUGCUCCGAAAACAUAGAAAUAAAGAAACAGCUAGUGCACAGCAAUGAUUGCUAGAACUUGGAAAUUCGCUGCUAUUUUCCCCAUUGUGCCGUCAUCCGCAGUAAUGCACUUGCGGCCGCAUUGAAAAUCACCCUCUUUUACCGAUCUCUAUCGUAAUCAACAACCAUCAAACAUCCACACAGAACAAACAAAAACACUGUUUGCUUGUGAUGGCCAAUAGCUACACAACAGAAAACAAGAGUUUGAAGCUCGUACGCGCAUGAGAAUUUACACAAAACCCGUGAGAUCCAUGAUAUGGAUUCCCCUUGACGACUUUUACAAAGUGAGCUUCCUGUGUAGAGUGUAAUAGGAAUCCUUUUGUCUGUGACAUCGUCACGAGUAGGAGGGCAACAUAGGACAACAACGCACAAAACGAAUCAAAACCAUAGCCGAGGAGAUGAGCCGGCACAAAGCAUAACGAACAUGCACUUAUGCUCAGGUUCAAUCUGCAAAGGUAAUCUUACAGUUGCCAGUCUGGACUUUCUAUUGUCGCAACUGUGGAUUUUGCUUGUUUGCCAUGCUUACUUAUUUUACCGGUUAUUGAGGUAAACCAACAUAUGUUUAAUUGCGUGCAAGCUACUCAGCUCACAAUUUGCGCUCAUUUAUUCAUGCCAUACUGGGAGGACGACAAUUCACGGCGAUUCUAGAAGGGUAGGUCGUCACGAAGCGAUACGUUACCGUAAUGCCAGCAGCAGGGCCAACGGCACACACUAGUUGACAGGUCUAUGGUACCGGAUCGUUCAUUCUGCAUGAGCUUACCCCGAAGUAGGACUGAGUACGAUUGUAUAAGCUUGAAUUAUGAUUUGGGCCACCAAUCACCUAUUAUAUUCAAAACAAAAAAAGUCAAAAUGCAUCAAAACAUAACGAAAAGAAAAACGCGAGACAGAUACUCUAGAACUACAAAGAAUACCUCUAUUUGUGUGUAAUAGUCAAUAACGAGUAAGGCGUCAAGUACCAGUAUGAUAUUUCUUUAUUAGCCGUGGCCACACGGGGCGAAAACUCUAGCGCAAACGAAAAAAUUAAUGCCAAAACGUUUACGCUUGCCGUUUACAUGCUGUCAAACGAUUAUUGGUCCGUGGAGCGUAAAACCUAGCGUAAAAGCUUUUUGCAAACGGUAGGGCUCACAAUAUGUUCUUUUUGUGGUUUACAUCGACAGUGAGUGAUCAUUGCUAGUGUAUUCAAUCCUUUUCUUCAAAAAAACGAUUUUAAUUUCCUCAACCCGGCCAUGUAAACAUAUCGAAGCGCAAAAGUUUUGGCAUUAAUUUUUUCGUUUGCGCUAGAGUUUUCGCCCCGUGUGGCCACGGCUAUUAGCGUAUUUGGAGAGAAUGAAAAAAAAACCAGAAGAACUAACGAAUUACGAAACGAAUUCGCGAACAGAACAUAGCAAGCAAAAGACAAUUACUAAGAAUGCAGCACAAAAUAGCAAAAGAAAGCAACGCAGCACAUGAAACUGCCAAACGCCAUUUCAUGGAAUCAACAGGAGAAAGUAGGAAGGUAUAGCGGAUACGGUUAAAUCGUGGAGACCCCAAAAGCCAUAUGCCACGCCACCUGUGUUUAUGUAAAAGUAUUCCAUGAAAACAGCAGAGUUCGAAAACCGGGGGGAUUAACACUUUCCCAAAGGACUAAAAAGCACUAGCGCCAACCCUAGCUUAUCUACUGCGAGGAAGUGAAUAUGUGCUGUGGCGCUACUAUAGCUACUAGCAUGCUGUCAGUGUUCUGCCUGCCUCGCUGCAACAACAUUAAAAUGCCCUCAGAGCCUACUACCGCCACCGUCAUGUUGAAAUGGAUUGUGUGUGUGUGUUCUAUGAUUUACAAAUGAUUAUCGGAAAUUUAGAUGCGCUGGUUCGCCGCCUCAAGCAGCCUGAUCCCUUUCUUUCUUCAGCUGGCAAAGAGCCAUUGUGUGUGUGCGUGGGUGGGUAUGAAUGGGAGUGAGUAGGAACACAUGUGCGAGCGUGAUUGCGGGAAAGCCAUUGCACCGGAAGUAGGGAAAGAUCGCGAGGGAGGCAAGAAGGUGGGAAAUCUAAAUAAUGAAAAAAUGGUCAUCAUGAUACAAUGAGUUGAAGAAAAGGAUCCAGAAGAAGUAAAAUCAAUAACGAAUAAAACUGAUGUA